CUGAGUGGUCAUUGGCUGCGAUGGGUGGUCUGGGCGACUGAGAGGAGAAAGAGAAGGGGUGUUGGGCCUGGCGGGCUAACCCGGGCUGGGGACUGCUGGACGGCUUUGCGGGGCGGUGUCCGGAGAGCUGCGGGGCCCGGGCGCCCGGGGUUCACGCCACACUCCCAGAGGGUACCUGAACGAGCGGGCCGGCGGGGAGUAACCGGGACCAUGGGGUGCUUCUUCUCCAACAGGCGGAAGGCUGAGAAGGAGUCGCAGCCCGAGGGCGGGGAGGAGCGGCCGAAGCAGUACAGCUGGGACCAGCGCGAGAAGGUUAAUCCAAAAGACUACAUGUUCAGUGGCCUGAAGGAUGAAACAGUAGGUCGCCUACCUGGCCAAGUGGCAGGACAACAGUUUCUCAUUCAAGACUGUGAGAACUGUAACAUCUACGUCUUUGAUCACUCGGCUACAAUUACUAUCGAUGACUGUACUAACUGUGUAAUUUUUCUGGGACCUGUGAAAGGCAGUGUGUUUUUCCGGAAUUGCAGAGAUUGCAAGUGCACGUUAGCCUGCCAACAGUUUCGUGUGAGGGAUUGUAGAAAGCUGGAAGUCUUUUUGUGCUGUGCCACUCAACCCAUCAUUGAGUCUUCCACAAACAUCAAGUUUGGCUGCUUCCAAUGGUACUACCCUGAAUUAGCGUUCCAGUUCAAAGAUGCAGGGCUAAGUAUCUUCAAUAAUACCUGGAGCAACAUUCAUGACUUUACACCUGUGUCAGGAGAACUCAACUGGAGCCUUCUUCCAGAGAAUGCUGUAGUGCAAGACCAUGUUCCUCUACCUACUACCGAAGAGCUCAAAGCUGUCCGAGUUUCCACAGAAGCCAACAGAAGUAUUGUUCCAGUAUCUCGGGGUCAGAGACAGAAGAACAGCGAUGAGUCAUGCUUAGUGGUAUUAUUUGCUGGUGAUUACACUAUUGCAAAUGCCAGAAAACUAAUUGAUGAGAUGGUCGGUAAAGGCUUUUUCCUAGUUCAGACAAAGGAAGUGUCAAUGAAAGCCGAGGAUGCUCAAAGGGUUUUUGGGGAAAAAGCACCUGACUUCCUUCCUCUUCUGAACAAAGGUCCUGUUAUUGCCUUGGAGUUUAAUGGAGAUGGAGCUGUAGAAGGAUGCCAGCUUAUUGUCAAUGAGAUAUUCAAUGGGACCAAGAUGUUUGUAUCAGAAAGCAAGGAGACAGCAUCUGGAGAUGUAGACAGCUUCUACAACUUUGCUGACAUACAGAUGGGAAUAUGAAGUGCAAUGUGGAACCAAGGACUUGGUGUCCCUGUGUGUGUGCACCUAACCCCAGCUGGUGUGCUGGAGACCCCCUGAGCACCAACCCUAGUCCCCAGCACAGUCGCGGUUCCACUCCAACAAGAUCGAAGAAACUAGCACAAACCAGGAGAAACUCGCCCAACGGUAGGCCCAGGUGCGCAUUGGUGGGAAAGUGACUGCUUGCCAAAAGAGGAUGUUUCAUGGCACAGCUAAAGCAGAUGGUAAAAACAAAAACUUCAGCUCUCCUUAAAGAACUUAGGGGUAAACAAUAUCAUACUGAAGAGGUGAAUAUGUUCCCAAGCCAAGGAACAGUGAGUGGUCCACCCUCACAGCCCUGAAGUGCGGCCAUCCCCGGCAGCAAACACUCGCACCAUCACAGGCCAUGCUGAGACAAGCAGCUGACAGAAAUGCUACCCAGCAUCUUCAACCAGCAUGGUGCCAACCGUCUGACUGCUUGAAGAAGACUGGCUGAAGCUCUGCCCAAGUGAUCUGUACACGGAAAAGCACCACUCGCUACCGGAGAGGAGGAUGAUAAUAAAGCUCCAGAUCUCGUGGAGAAUUUUGAGGAGGCUUCCAAGAACAAAGCAAACCAGAGUCAACUUCUAAAGAAUAUAAAACUUGAGGAAGUUACUGGGAGCUGCUAUUCGAUAUUAUGACUGCUUCUUAAAAUGUUGUUCAUGGAUCUGAUAAGACAUAGAUCGCGAAUACUUUUAAGCCCAAGCCCCUUGAACACCUCCACUCUUUGCAGAUUUUGCUUAUACUUACUUCAUUCUUUGCUGCUGAUUAAGCUGAAGUAGCCUGGAAAUAAAGUUUGAAGCAAGGUUAAUAAAGUUCUUUGCCUAGCAAAGUAAAUAAGUAAAAGUCCAAUCUUUCAUACCAUUUCACCUUAACUUCCAAACAGAUCAUAUCUUAAGUGAUUCGAAAGCUUAUCUCAGUGGAGUCCUCUGGUUUUAGGACUUUGAAGGGUCCGGACAUUUUCAGUCCCUCAUCUUACCGAUGAGAAAACUGAGGGUCAGAGAGUUUCAUCGCUGAACUACAGUGUAGGCUCCUGACUUUCCCCUGGGACCCCCGGGGGAAUAAGACUCGGCUCACCCAUUUUCUGUAUGCAGCCUUUUUAUAACUCUCAGUUGCAUUUCCUCCUCGGUGCUCACACAGUCCUCUGUAUAGAUGUCCAGGUACUUCUCACACCUUAUACUAGUUCUCUCUCCAUGCUUCCCUUGCUCUUCCAAGUGUGAUCUGUGGACCACCAGCAGCAGCACCUAGAGCUUGUUAGAACCUCUGGCCCCACUCCAGAUCCGUUGAAUAAGCUUCUAACAAGAUGUUCAGGGGAGUCAUACACCACAUUAAAGUUUGAGAAGCUCUGCCCUCGACCAGUAGUUCCUCGAGCGCUAGAAUCAAGGCCUGGACAUCUUUGUAUAUCCUAGAAAGUAGCUUAGGGUCCAAUAAGCUGAUCUAUGUUGAAUAAAUGUUUUUAAUUGGAUGACACAAUGCAGUGCUUCAUUCUACUCUCCUUGGCCGGCUUUGGAAUAAAAGACAUUCUGCAGGAUUUAUUUUCCCCCAACUGGUCUGUGUUGAAAUAGUAACCACGGUCUCUGCCCACUGGGGCUCUUGGGGAGCUUUGAGAGCAUCAGUGGUAUUCACUGGAAACAGAUAAGAGCACAGCAAUUUCUGACUGAAAUUUUCUUCUGACGUGUUUUUGUAUUCAAGUUUGUCUUAUCCGAUUGGGCAACAUGUUGCAUAAAGCCACUGUGGUCACUUGUUGAGGCCCGGGGCUGAGUUAAAAUAAAAAAGCAGUCAGCUACUUGCUUUGGGUUUAUGAGGAAAGUUAGUCACUUAGUCUCUCUCCGAUCUGUUACCCUCCUUCUUUACCUCUUGAUAUCUUCCCACUUCUGGUGUUCAGAGACGAGCUUGGCCAUCAUCCACAAGCCAUGUGCAGAUUGUUCAGGGGAGUGGUCGAUGUGGCUCCAAAUUCUAGGGGGGAAUAUGGUGGUGGUGAUGACUUGUUUCUGUCCUGGAACAAAGGCUUCAUUGUAAAUGUGAAAUUUGAAAGAAAAGUAAAACCCUAAACGGCACGCUCUACCCAUCACUUACUUUAAGUGGUUCUUCUUUCCUUUUCCUCAGUAGAAAUAUAUCGAUGUCUUUGUAUGAGACUUAAUGGUAAUUUCUUAUGUAGAAAGUAUUGCUUUGCAUUUAGUCAGGGUAGACCAAGACUCAGGUGGCAUAUGAUCACUCCCUUCCUAUUACUGUUUUAAAGGUAACAUAACACAGAAAAGAGAGAAAUGUGCAUGAAUGUGAUGCUCAGGUUUGAAAGGUCAGAGGUUUCUAACUUGAACCAGGGUUCACCUUGAAAUAAAAAAAAUGCCGAUCUUCUUUA